AGUACCGUGGGGGCAAGAUUAUCUAUUUUCCACCAAAGAUGAUCAAUAUGAUUGGCGAAUCGUGGAUAAUGAACAUUAUAAAGUACGGCUACAAACCCAUAUAGCAAAACUUACUAAUGUUACAAAAACAACAAUUAACUUACCGAGAAAUAACAUUUCAAGAAAGAUCAAUAUUAGAUGCAGAAAUCAGAAACCUCAUCAAACAGAAG